UAUAGUAAUGAAAGAAAAAUGAAAGAGAGCUUGAGAACCUUGUAACCUUCCGCGUCCAAGACUCUUCGUCAUCUUUAUCUUCUUCACCUGCAGCUCUAUCCUGUCACCGCACCUCGUCACACCCCUACCGGACCACCCCCUACAGAUCUGGCUGCCCAACCCUAACCGUCGCAUCAUAAAACCGCGGCCCACCUAAUGGGCUUAGUACAGGGAUUAUGGGAGUAAUGGGUUUGAUGCGGGGAUGUUCUCUCUAAUUCCUUCAAUAUCUGUGUUGUAGGAGUAAUGGAUCUGGUGCAGCGAUGAUGGAAUGGGCAGGCUUCAAACCAAUGUUGUGGGACGUUUCUAAUGACUUAUAAAAUUCUUGGGAAGGUCUAUGGCAGAUUUUGAAACCAGUGGGCUAUGGUUGUGUUUUCUGCCAGCCUCAGUAAAUAUCUAUUUACUAGUUUAUCAGGCAGAGAACUUAAGUCUGACCAGGAUGCAGAACACCAACUUACCCAAUGAGGGAAACAAAUUUCAAGUCCGGAAAUUGGAGAUCACGGACAAAGGCAAGGGUUUCAUUGAGUUAUUGCAGCAACUAAGUGUUUGUGAUUCCGUGUCUGAUAAGCAAUUUGAAGAACGAUUUCAAGAACUGAGUGCCUAUGGUGACAACCAUAUUGUUUGUGUGAUUGAAGAUCAUUCUGGGAAAAUUAUUGCAACUGGGAGCAUGUUCAUCGAAAAAAAGUUUCUGCGAAAUUGUGGAAAAGUUGGGCAUAUUGAAGAUGUUGUGAUUGAUGCAGGUGCACGAGGAAUGCAGUUAGGAAAGAAGAUAAUCAAAUUCCUUACAAACCAUGCGCAUGAGAUGGGGUGUUACAAGGUAAUUCUUGAUUGCAGUGUAGACAAUAAAGCAUUCUAUGAGAAAUGCGGUUUCAAAGAAAAAGAAAUUCAGAUGGUUCGGUACUUUGUUUAAGAAAUAAUUUUCUUGAUAUUAUUAAUUUUAAUGCAUGCACUUAUUGAAAUAAAUAAAACUGAGAGUGGUCUUUUAGACCUUGUCCAUUAA